GGAAGCCUGCGAGAAAAUCCCGCAGUGCAACAGCUGGCAGCUCAAAGGGAAGGACAGCCGCUGCUGGCUGGGCAAGGGCGUCGACUGCUUGACCGGGAGCUCCCCACAAACAGAAGUCUCGGAGCGGCUGAUGCGGGGCAGCUUCCGGGUGUUGCUCGACCUGAAGGGUUGGGAGGUGAAGGACCUCAAGGAGGUGUUCAGUGCCGACCUCGGCGACCUGAACUUGGUCUCCCAGCAGCACGCGAUCCAGCAGUGCAACCACACCUGCUUGGCGGCCAUCGAAUGCGAGGUGUGGCAGUACUCCACCGAGUCCGGUUGCCUCGUGAACGACCCUGCGUUCAAGCAGAUCACCUACCCACCCACAAGCAGCACCUUUCUGGGCCCAGGCGGCACCACCUUCGGAGCAUCCGUGGUUGCCGGGGCGUACAUCCAGCGGCUCUGUCUCUCAGAGGCCGGCGGGGACUCGGGCGACACGGCGUUGCCGACGGCCUCGCCGGCGCCGAAGAGUCUCACGGCGGCGCCCGAAAGAAUCUGGGCCUCCUCCCGCUGGCCCCCCCUCGGUGACCGACUCGUCCGCGAGCUCCACGACGACCGUGUCCUCGACGACGUCCACCCCGACGACCGUGUCCUCGACGACCUCGGCCUCGACGACGUCGUCCGCGAGCUCCAGCACGUCCUCGGUGGUGUCCGAGACCGCCAGCACGACCACGACAGGGACGUCCGAGAGCGACACCACGAACACGCCGGUGAGGCUGGUGGCGCCCAAGGAGGGGCUGCAGGACAUGUUCGUGAGGGGCGACGACGAGAGAGAGGUGUAUUCGACCCGCUGCGCGACGGCGACGAAGCACCUGGUGCGGCCGGGGGCGUGCGGCCUCUGCGACGGCCGGGUGCAGGAGCAGUGCGCGGCCCCGAGCCGGGUGUACGAGGGGGAGAUCGCCGGCCUGCCCACCGGGGAGGACUUCGUGUGCGAGAUGGCCGCCGAAGGAGGCCCGGUGCAUGAUCUGGAGGACGGGGUGGCCGUGAUUGGUGGCAAGACGAACCUGCCGACGCCGUCCCCCACCACAACGCUCACGACGACCACGACGGCAACCAGCGUGACCGGAGAUACCAACAAGCUGCUGCUCACGUCGGCGGAUGGUGGUGGCGCUUCUGCGUCGUGGUGGCCUUUACUGUUCGGCUUCUUGAUCCUCGCUUGCUGUGCAGGCUUCUGUGUCUUCGCGUACCUCUCCGUGCAGAAGUCGAAAGCCGCGGAGAGGCAGACGAGGGCCACGAAGAUCAAGGCCGGCAUGCUGGACGAGGAGGGCGCCCACAGCUCUGAGGAGAGCACCGACGAGGAGCGGCGCACGAGUUUCCGCACCGGCGCGUGCGAGCCGCUCAUGGGCAAGGGGGGUCCUCCUGCGACUUCCGCGUCGGCCUCGACGGCGGCGCGGGGGACCUCGACAGCAGGCCUACCACCACAUGUUCCUCGCGAGCAUACGCGAGCUUCCCCAGGAAAUGCUCUCUCUGCAGGGCAUGUUCUUCCGCCAGUGUGCGAAACAGUCAUGGCUGCUUCCAGGAUGCCCCCUGGCACGCCGUCAACUCCGAAGUUUGCUGGCGCUGGGGCAAACUUGCCAGACAUGGAUCUGGUGAUAGUCACGCCGCAGGGCCUGGCGGUGACGCCGCUGAACGGCACCCCGCCGCCGGCGGGGGUGCCGCUGCUGCAGGAC